AUAUAAAAUUAUGGGACAUUAUAGAAGAAGUUAUAACACUAAGUCUUAAUAUAGCACCAGAAAAUCCAUUUGAAAUAAAUCAUUCAUAUUAUGAUACAUUGCCAGUUGAAGAGUGUGCUGUUAGUACUGGUGCAAUGAUUGAUUUCUUACAAAAAGUAUACCUCAAAGACACAAAUUAUGCUAAUAAAGUGUUUGAAGAUAUUAAAUUACUUCAACAGAGACAUUUUGCAGCAUUUGAUGAAAUGAAUGAUGCAUUAAAUGAUAAUGCACUAGAAAAAUCAAAUCCUUCUUCUGAAA